AUGAAAUUGAAAUUGCUGGUAUAUUACAUGUGCAAUACGGGGAUCUGCAGUGUUACAUUGUAUCUAUCAUACUAUAUCAAAAUGGCCACAGUGGUACAGAACCCCCUGAAAUCGCAAUCUGGAGGAACAGUCAUUAAGAACAGUCUGGGCGAGGAGUUCUACAGAGAGGCCAUCGAGCACUGCCGCAGCUACAAUGCCCGCCUGUGUGCUGAGCGCUCCAUGCGCCUGCCCUUCCUGGACUCCCAGACCGGCGUGGCACAGAGCAACUGCUACAUCUGGAUGGAGAAGAACCACCGCGGCCCAGGUUUGGCCCCAGGACAGCUGUAUACUUACCCUGCCCGCUGCUGGCGCAAGAAGAGACGGUUAAACAUUCUGGAGGACCCGCGCCUCGGACCCAUUGAGUUUAAGAUCGACUACGAGGCGUCUCUGAAGAAGGAAGGGGGCUUGCCGGAGGGGCCGGUGUUGGAAUCACUGCUCAGUGGAGAGACUCUGGACAAGAAGGUGGAGGCGAAGGAAGAGGAACCUAUGAGCGAGUGCCAGAAGUUGCUGGUCGGUGAUUUCCCCCAUGAACUGGAAGCGGAGGAGAUGGAAGAGGACGUCCCCAAACGCAAGAACCGCAAGAACCGCGAAGGACGGGCCUGUGGUGUAGGGGGUAUGAGGAAGAGACAAGAACCCAGCACCAUUGAGGACAGGGACAAGCCGUACGUCUGUGACAUCUGUGGGAAGCGCUAUAAAAACCGCCCGGGCCUGAGCUACCACUACACUCACACACACCUAGCGGACGAGGAGGGAGAGGAGGACUCUGAGCGACACACCCUGCCCUUCCAGCGCAAGAACAACCACAAGCCUAAGAAAGCUGCAGAUGGGUCGGUCAUCCCUAACGGCUACUGUGACUUCUGCCUGGGCGGCUCCAAGAAGACCGGCUGUCCCGAGGACCUCAUCUCCUGUGCCGACUGUGGACGCUCAGGCCACCCGUCCUGCCUGCAGUUUACAGUCAACAUGACGGCAGCCGUACGGACCUACCGCUGGCAGUGUAUCGAGUGCAAGUCCUGCAGCUUGUGUGGCACCUCUGAGAAUGACGAUCAGUUACUAUUCUGUGAUGACUGUGACAGAGGCUACCAUAUGUAUUGCCUGAGCCCCCCUAUGGCGGAGCCCCCAGAGGGGAGCUGGAGUUGCCAUCUGUGUCUGCGGCAGCUUAAAGAGAAGGCCUCGGCCUACAUCACCCUGACCUAAUCUACCACGCUACACCGCCCAUCCGCACCCCCCCCCCCCCCCACACCCACCCACCCCAAACAUGGCAAACGGACCUACUACAAUGUGAGAAGAAUCCCCCAAGCCCCUGCAGUUUUUCCUCCUCUAUGAAACGACAACAGACGUCCGUCCAUCUCUCCUGUCGUCAGGUCUCCCAGCCCCAGCUGUUUUAACGUCAAUGGAAGCACCUACUUCCCAGGGUGCACCAUGCUCCAUCCAGGUCUCCCCCCUGUCUGUCCCUGCUGAGUCCCAGCCACCUGCCGCUGGAGUCCCCUCCACCUCUGGCCCAGGAUGAACCACCUUUUACCCCAGCAGCAUCAGGGAGAACAUCUGAUUAUCAAUAGUCUAACUGGCCCUUCAUCUUCUGUCUCCGAAGAGCCGUUUAUCAACAACCCACAAGGGCACUUUCUCUCCUGUGAAGGGUCCUUAGAGGAGCCGUAAUGAGCAUCAGAUGCCACUGUGGCCCUAUACUCCCAUAGCUCGGCUGUGGCCCUGGCAGUGGAGUACACACGGAGAGGGAGAGGCAGGCCGUAGUGACGCCUAGACUCCUCGUUAGGUUUAAAGCAGCUGCAGCCCCGCCCCCUUCCUCCCAUAUGGCGCCUCCACUCAAAGCCUUUGACGGUGAAGUACUCUGGGAUUGAUACCAUCGCCCGGAGCUAUUGUGGCUUGAUGACAUUUGCAGAGGAGAGGGAGUGGAGAGGUUGUCACUCUGCCAUCAGCCACUUAGAUCAAAUUGUGUGUCCAAAAAAAUAAUGAAUUAGAGCAAAUGUUUUCCCCAACUAUGAACUUCUUGUUACCUUCAUUUCCUUAAAAAAAAACUGAAAAAGCCAACAUGAGACUGCUAUGACUUUGGUGGAGCUUGGUGUAUUUUGGCUGUGUGUGUAGCAAGAAUGUAGGUAUGUUUUAAGUGUGGACAAUGCAAAUUUUAAUGUCUGGCCUUGUCAAAAAUACAGGGCCCAAAUUUCUUUUCUUUUUUAAACUUUAUUUGCAUGGUGUUAACAUUAUAGUUUUUAAAAAUAUUUUAAAGAUAAAAUGUAUUUAAGAAAGCACACUUAAUUCGCAAUAAUGUGUUUGUUGACCCAUUUGGGUAAAGUUGAGUGUGUGUGUGUGUCCAUUUGUAUUUGUAUGUAUGUGUGUGUGUGUGUGUGUGUGUGUGUGUGUGUGUGUGUGUGUGUGUGUGUGUGUGUGUGUGUGUGUGUGUGUGUGUGUGUGUGUGUGUGUGUGUGUGUGUGUGUGUGUGUGUGUGUGUGUGUGUGUGUGUGUGUGUGUGUGUGUGUGUGCGUGUGUGAGUGAGGGUAAAUGUGCCCUCCUAAAACUGUGUGGAAGUGAGAGCCAACCGUAGCCAACCAGGUGCUAGGCAGGACCUAUGGCAGGGUCGGGGAGCAGGAAGGGGAGGGGCUUCUGAUUCCUAGAAACACCACCAUGACUUACUGUAUUAUGUUUUCUGUUGGACCAAACGAAUUCAAGCCAGCUUGCGCAGAUUCUUUCUUCCGAGCCCUUGUUUUUUCUCGAAGGAUAACUCAUUUUUGUGAAAAGUCAUCAAAACUAGUAGAAUGAGUGCUUUACUAUCUGCAAGACUGCUUUGCGUGCUAGGACCUUGUAAUAUAAUGUGCUUUCAAAGAGUAAUCUAAAAGCAGAGGACUUCUACUAACUGGGACGCCAGCAUGUGUUUGUGAGCUUGCACUGAGACAAGUCUUUUUUUCAACCCAAAGUCCCCUCCCCCAGUGGCCUAUCUGACUGGACUAUUGCAUCACGCUGCAACUUUGAUUGGUCCAAUGAUUCCUCUUCCUAGAGCUUUAAGUUGGGAGGCAUUUAGCUGUAAAUAGAUUGUCACUCUCUCCAUCUAUCAAAAAGACUAAUUGCAAUUUCAUAAUUCACCGUCUCUCAGUGCACAUCGAAAUAUGAACUCAAAAAUACAAUUUCUGUCUAUUUUAAAGCACUUAAAAGUGGUUAUCAUAUUUGCCUCCAUAUUUGUAAUGUCUCUACUCCUCAAAUGUAUGUGUUUAUAUUCUACUAUGGUAUGAUCCAACACACACAGCCAUGUGGGGGAAAAGGUCACUACCUGCGCUACCCAAAAUGUAUGUGUUUCUAUUCUACUAUGGUAUGAUCCAACACACACAGCCAUGUUGGGGAAAAGGUCACUACCUGCGCUACCCAAAAUGGAUGUACCAUCAUUUUAGCCAUGUGAUACCAGAAAUUAUCUUGAUUUCAUAUUUUGAUAUUUACUUUAUUCCCUUUUCUCUCGAAUAACUAGGGAUGUUUUUACCUCUUCUCUCUCAGAAUUGUUCUCUUGUUUGUUUUUGUUGGUGUUUUUGUACUUCAAACAUUUUGCACAGUGUGUUUGUUUGGCAUGUGUGUGUACGUGUGUGUGUCUAUGUGUGUGACAGAGAGAGAGGGGGGGGGGGGGAGACACACAGGCAGACUUAAAGGCGCUGUCUGGCAGUGGUUCUGUUCCAAAUUACACCCUUUCCUCUUUGUAGUGCACUAUUUUGAACAGUGGCCAUAGGGCUCUGGUAGAAAAAUAGUGCACCACAUAGGGAAUAGGGUCCCAUUUGGGGUGCACAUAUUGUCUCUUUAAUCUAAUAAUGAGGUCAUAGAAAAACAAAAACAGUCAGUCGACGGUUAUUAUUUUUCAAACUUCCUCUCCAUGACACAAGCUGCAUGCCGAUACAUCCAAGACUACAGUUAACACUAGUGUACUGUGUUAGAAUGGGUACUGCUGCGGCCUCAGUCCUUGCUACUGUAGUUGGCCCUGAGUGACAAUAGCCUGAUCCCAGAUCUGUUUGUGCUGUCGCAUGACAAUGACCCUUAGAGUUGGUAAGACAGCACACAGAUCUAGGUUCGGCCAGAGUGACAGAAUGUCAUUCUACUGACUGUAGUGUCAGUAGAAUGUGUCAUGAUAGAUUGUCUUUUGAGGAGUCUGUCCAUUUAAAGGACAAUGUGAAAACCUUCACAACAUUACGGUUUCAUCCUUUUAUUUAAGUUUCCCACCAAUAUCCAAUCAGAGUUGUGUUCAGAGCCGGUACUGAGGUAAUAGCCAGGGGAUGACGUGAUUCUGUGUGGGUGAGGUGAACUGAUCUCACUGAUAAUAAGCCUUUACUUCUGAAUUUAUUCCUGGCAUUUAAGAGGAUGUGGUGGAGUCAAACUACUUUGAUUGUACUCUCUGAGAGGAUGCAGUUGCAGAAAGAGGGGUGACUCUAGCUCAGAUAUGACCUUUGACCCCCCCCCCCUUCCCCCAGAGACUGAGCUGAAAGAUAGGGGGUCACCCAGUGAUCUAUCCUGUUCCGUCUCAGCAUCCUUCACUCCCUCCCCAUCUUUAGACUGGGGGUGGGAUUAGAAAGGAAAGAUUAUUGGCCAGUCUUCAAACGAAGCAGGAUUUUGGCCCUCUUGUAAAUUAUCGUGCUGUGAUCUUGCUUGCACUUUUUAUUACCAAAAUAAGACAUUCCUGUGUGAGUGUUGUGCACAUUUUCCUUUCUUGUAACUGUCUGUUGGAAAAAAAGAAACACUGGAUAAAAUGAAUUUGUUAGUAUUUACCCUGAUGGAGAUCAAAUCUUCCUGGACACGUGGGUUGUUUUUUCCUUCUCUACCUGGGAACGCUUUGAAAUAUUGACUGCAACUGCAUAGCUGUCAUUCAUUCACUGUAAAUUCAUCUGUCUUUAUCGAGGCACCCAAUUUUUCCACAUUUUUCUCUCCUGACUUCUUUUUUCAUUUACAAACCAUCAUAAAUAAAAGUUGUAACCCCUGAAAACGUCUGCUGUGGUGUGUGUUUGUGUGGAGUCUCUGAACACCCACCAAUCCAGCAAUG